AUGCAGUUCUCACUUGCCACGAUUACCGCUCUCCUGAGCCUGACAUCCGCCGCCGCAAUCACUGCGCGCUCCCCAACCACCGGCAGGCUCGUAUCCCGCCAGGCAUCUGUCUGCGGCGCGCUAGCAACACCCGUGUGUUGCCAGCUCGACAUCUUGGGCGUUGCGAAUUUGAACUGCGAGAACGCUGGUCCUGUUGAGACGACGGAAGAUUUCACCGCUCUGUGCGCCGAAACGGGAACGAGCGCGCAGUGCUGCGCUUUGCCACUUGGUACUGACUCACUGCUUUGCACUGCUGCUUAG